AUGACUAUUUACGUGCUCACUAUGCAUCUUCCGGCGGCGGCAGAUCAGCUUGUUGCAUGGGCGGAUGUCUUUUUCCACGGAGGCAUCAUACCUCAUUUGGAACAACGUGUAAUUGCUUUACUCAGUAUUCCUGUCAGAAGGAUAUGGCAAGACCUCUUAGACAAGAUUCCAGGAAUGCCGAAUCUCAGUCUCGAGGAGAUCGAAGAGUUGAUGGACGAGUUCCAUAUGGACGGCUUUAGCAGGAGACGCCGCACAAUAUCCAAAAGUGUGCAUAGGCACGAGCAACCCUCGGAGUCACUCGAUGAUGUGCCCGAGGACCUCCGCACUUUGAGGGACGGUACCCCUUUUUUGCAAUUCAGUGGCGCGGGUCUGUACGUAUACUACUCUACAAAAACCAUAGAGAAAGCUGCAGCCAAUGGCCUAAUGGCGUUGAGAAUCCAAGUUCGUGGGUGGAUAACCCGGAGAAUCCAGAUGGCACAGAAGACUCUGAAUCAUUAA